AAAGGAAGUGGUGGUGGGGGCUGUGGAGCUGACCCUAAAGAGAUACUAGAUGUGAGACUGUGCGGGUGGGAACAAUCUGAGCUUGGCUUUUUGCGAAAACAUGGUGUUGCUGUGGUGGCUGGCAAAGAUUAGGGACAACUCAUCUUUUUGAUGGGUGGUUUUUUGUGUGUUUCUUCCCUGAUCCUUUAUGAUAGUUAUUAAGCUAAGCAACUCCAUUGUGGUGGCUUCCUUCCUUUGUCCUCUCCUGUAUUUUGGUAUAUUAGUCCACUCUUCAAUCACUGCUCUUGUACUGUGUGUUUGGGAUCUUUCGAGCCUUCAGAAUUACUUUUUCCGUACGCAGCAGUUGCUGAAUGAUUGCAUUGAUGCGCAUGGAAGCUUAACAGCUACAAAGGUCUUUUAACUUGGUCCAUUGGUGUGAGCUGAUCAACUAGUGGAGGAAUGCGGAUGCUGCUGGGGUCUGGUCUUUGAGAAGAGGUCCUGGAAAUUAUAUAGUAGUAGUACGCUAGUGUUAGUAGUAAAUUUGUGCUCCCAGAGGGAGAUAUAGAUAAACAAAUUAGGGAUAGGCGGUGGUGUCAGUGGUUUGCAAGUGGGGUUUUCCCUGAUUUUGAGAGUCACAGUAAAUUUGGCAUUUGAUGAAGUGAGACUGUUGGCUGUGUCUCCUGGGCAAGGCUUUGGUGCCCGACCUCCUUGGGCUCUGCUUCCAAGCAAGGAAACAAAUUUUUCUUUGGGCGUUCUUCUCUUUCAACUUUCAAGAGAGCAAUUUGUUUAACAAUAUAAACACAACCCUUCUCUUCUACACUCUCAGUUGCCUUGCCUUGGAUUGUAAAAAAUAAGUGGCAACACUAAGACACCGAUCCACCACCCCUUUACAUUUCAUUGAACCACUGAAAUGUGGAAACAUUCAAGGGUUGGAUACUCGGUUUAGUGGUUGCCCUUUUCUUCUUUUGCAGUCUGUUUUCCCUGCUUCUUUGUGGGGUGCUUGAAGCGCAAACCCAGGGUUGCCUGUAUUUGCUGGAGCAGCUGGAAUUUGGACAUUAAGUUUUCUCCGAGGAAAGUUCCAUUGCUGUCAACAUGAAGUUUAUGAAACUUGGCUCCAAGCCUGAUCAGUUUCAGACUGAUGGAGAUAAUAUUAGGUAUGUCGCAACCGAAUUAGCAACUGACAUGGUCAUUACUGUCGGGGAAGUGAAAUUUUAUCUCCACAAGUUUCCUCUUCUGUCAAAGAGCUCCCGGUUGCAGAAGCUGGCUGCUAAUUCAAAUGAGGAAAAUAGUGAUGAUAUUAACAUAGAUGAUAUACCUGGUGGACCUGCUGCCUUUGAGAUCUGUGCAAAGUUCUGUUAUGGCAUGAUAGUAACUCUUAAUGCAUAUAACGUAGUUGCGGCUCGUUGUGCUGCACAAUAUCUAGAAAUGCAUGAAACAGUCGAGAAAGGAAACCUCAUUUACAAGAUUGAUGUCUUUCUGACCUCUAGCAUUUUCCGUAGCUGGAAAGACUCUAUAAUUGUUCUUCAAACUACAAAAUCUCUUAACCCCUGGUCAGAGGACUUGAAGAUUGUUAGCCACUGCCUGGACUCCAUAGCUUCUAAAGCUUCCAUUGACGCUUCAAAGGUGGAAUGGUCAUACACCUACAAUCGUAAAAAACUUCCUUCUGAAAAUGGAAAUGAUACGCACUGGAAUGGUGUGAGAAAACAGCAGUUGGUUCCCAAAGACUGGUGGGUAGAGGACCUCUGUGAGCUUCAAAUUGAUAUGUACAAGAAGGUCAUAACAACAAUCAGAUCCAAGGGAAGGGUAUCUGCAGAUGUAAUUGGAGAAGCACUGAGAGCGUACAUCUUAAGAAGGCUGCCAGGUUUCAGCAAGGGUCUGAUACAAGAAGCCGAUCUUGUCAAGUGUCAUUAUUUGGUCGAUACCAUCACAUGGUUGGUGCCUAGAGAGAAAAACAGUGUCUCAUGUAGUUUCUUGCUGAGAUUGUUACAAGCAUCUAUUAUAUUGGAAUGUGGAGAGAAUGGAAGGAUGGAGCUGAUGAAGAAGAUUGGCCAGCAGCUUGAAGAGGCAACAGUGGCUGAUCUUCUGAUUCAAGCUCCAUCUGGUGAAACCACACCAUACAAUGUUGAGUUAGUACGUGAUCUAGUUGAACAGUUUCUCAUCCAAGAGCCAGAUGGUCAUAAUGAUUGUCCUGCAGAUAAUGAAUUUAGGGAGAUAUCUCAUGGAGAGGUAUCAGAUGCAUCUAGGGUCAAGGUGGCAAGGUUGGUUGAUGGCUACCUUGCUGAAGCUGCGAGAGAUUGCAGUCUGCCAUUGUCAAAAUUUGUUGAGCUUGCACAAAUGGUGUCUGGCUUCCCAAGACCAACCCAUGAUGGAAUAUACCGUGCUAUUGAUGUGUAUCUCAAGGAGCACCCGGAGAUCACCAAGAGUGAGAGAAAGAGAAUUUGCAGACUGAUGGACUGUAGAAAGCUGUCAGUUGAUGCCAGUGCGCAUGCAGUGCAAAAUGAGCGACUACCGCUGAGAGUAGUUGUGCAGGUCCUAUUCUUUGAGCAGGUCAGAUCCACAACUUCGUCUGCUGGUGACAGCACUCCUGAGCUAGCAGGGUCCAUCAAGGCUUUGCUACCUGGUGGAUCGCAUGCAAGCUCUAGAUCGGCAACUACCAACACAGAAGAUGACUGGGAUGCUGUGCCAACGGCCGAGGAUCUCAAGGCUUUGAAAGGGGGACUAGCUAAUAUAAGGCUGAAGGAGGAGACAGAACACGGGAAUGACAGCAAUCUUGCAAAAAUCAACUCUGAAAAAGUCGCAAUGACCAAAGUAAAGGGUUUAAUCAUGUCAAAAAAGAUUUUCUCUAAACUGUGGUCAAACAAAGAGAGACACAGCGAGAAUAGCAGCUCGGAUACGUCAGAAAGCCCUGCUUCAUCGACUGCCGAGGAAACAAAGUCAACCCCUUCGAGAAGUAGGAGGCAUUAAUUUAUUCAUCUUGGUGGUCCAUCAACCUAUAAAAUGUAAAUCGUAUCAUCAGUUUACCUAGAAUGUUAGGAGCAAUUACAUUAUGUAACCUGACUUGAAAGCAGCGGAGAAGGGAAGACGAAUUCUGCUAGGCUUGGAAAGAUGCUUUGCAGAAAGAGAGCUUGGGACUUUUUCAAGUGUCAGGCCUUUCUGUACCAGUGGCGGUGAGAUUUUGUUACCUCAGAAAUGUCAUUUCUUUCUCAGUUUCCUGGAGACGCCGCAUCGUUGUGCGUUGCCGGUGCCAUAAUGACAUGAUCUCUGCUUAGGAUUUUUUUGA